AUGUCGUCGCGAUUAAUGUGGAGGAGCUUGCACUUCAGUGCGAAGCGGAGGAUGGCAGUGCCUCCAACACCUUACCGGUGUUUCUCGUGCUCCUUGCGAAACCAAAACCAACCAAACAAAUCCGACGAGGCCGAACGCAUGACACAUUUCGGAUUCACCAAUGUGCGUGAAUCGGAUAAGGAGUCUAUGGUUCGAUCGGUAUUCAGCUCCGUUGCCUCAUCCUACGAUGCGAUGAACGACUUCAUGUCCCUGGGAAUCCACCGACUCUGGAAAGACCACUUCGUCCGCUCCCUGAACCCCGGAUCCGCCCUGCCGUCUCGCGACACCGACACCACCGGCAAAGGCUGGCAGAUCCUCGAUAUCGCCGGCGGGACCGGCGACAUUGCCUUCCGCAUGCUGGACCACGCUACGAACAUCAACAAUGACCACGAAACCAAGGUGACCAUCUCGGAUAUCAACCCGGAGAUGUUGGCCGAGGGCAAGAAGCGCAGCAUCGAUACCCCAUACUACAACACGAAGCGAUUGUCGUUUGUCGAGGCCAACGCGCAGGAGAUGCCGCACAUCGCCGAUAACUCGAUUGAUUUGUACACGGUUGUUUUUGGAAUUCGCAACUUUACGGAUAAGCAGGCGGCGUUGGAGGAGGCAUACCGCGUGCUGAAGCCCGGUGGUGUGUUUGCGUGCAUGGAGUUCAGCAAGGUGGACAACGAAGUGUUCAAUGCGGUUUACAAGCGGUGGAGCUUCAGUGCUAUCCCUCUGAUCGGACAUCUGGUUGCAGGUGACCGUGAUAGCUACCAGUACCUGGUUGAGAGUAUCGAGCAGUUCCCCAGCCAGGAGGAGUUCCGGGGCAUGAUUCAGAAGGCUGGGUUUAUGAUCCCCGGCAAAGGAUUUGAGAAUCUUACGGGUGGUAUUGCGGCAAUUCACAAGGGAAUCAAGCCUUUGCAAAAGUAA